AUUUUAAUCGUUUCAGAGAAUUCAGAAAUUUUGGCUUCAGUUCUAUUCAUACAUGCGCUGGACACGCAAUUGAAAAGUAACUGUAAAUUUAGUAUAAUGUUUGUCGACUCGUUUUAAUUUUGAUAAAUUGGAAGAAAAGCCAAAAGAUUUUGUGUAAAAACGACUUCAACAAAAUGUCGCAACAGCAGAGAAAUCAAAACCUGCCUCCCAGACCUUCCAGAACAUCAAGACAACAAAAUUGGACAAGCGAUAACUCUGUCCAGCCAAAAUUAACGGGUAAUACUCAACCGAAAAAUCCUUCACGGAACUGUGAUCCAACAGUUCCGAACCAACAACCUCCCACUGCUGGCAGCGGACCUUCCUCUUCCAACCAACAGCCAUCGGCUGCCCCACAACAUUCUCAGUCUAUCGAAGUUGAAAUGGCAGCAAACUUCAAAGUGGAAGUGGACAAUCAACUUACCAGCAUCUUACUGGCUAACUUGUCGAAAGCUGGUGGUGACAGAAACAAGUCUCUUGUCGAAGACGUUUUUCGCAAAGAAAUCAAUGUUCUGAAAUCGAAAAUCAAGAAAGGCAAGACGGAAGUCGACAAUCUGUCAGAGAUGUUGAAGUCACUCGAAGAGAUGGAGUAUUAUACGCACGAAAAGUGGAAUACGUGUGAACGCAUCCUUCAAAUGUUGAACGGGGAAUAUACUGGCCGGCUCGAUUACAUGAAGGAUAUCUUGAGCAUCAUCCAGAAAGAAGACAAUAAACGAAAUGAGCACGUUAAUGAAGGCAACCAUCGCGAGAGUUUGUUUGACAAAAAACGUGAACAAUUGGAACAGCGUCUGGACAAGAUCAAUUCGAAAAUUGAUUUUGAUAUCAAGACACGAGACGAUAUGUGCGCCCAAAUUUCAGAGUUGAACGCAAGCGAGGCCAGAAUCAUACCUACGAUCGAAGAUUUCCGGAAAUCAAAUAAACAAUUGAAGGAGGAAAUCGACAAGGUUCAAGUCAAGUUCGAGGACGAUGAUUCCAUGGCUUCUGAAAUCACGAAAAAUGCUUCAGAAUGGGUCAAUGAAAAGCGGGUGGCAGUUGGUACGCUCGAUUUUAUACAAUCGGAGAUGAAAAAGGACAAGAAAAAGGUCAGUGGUUUGCUGAAGAAGGAACAAAAGGCCAACAAGAACAUGUGCAAAGAAAUAAGCAGCUUGGUGCAAGAAUGUGCCGAUCUGAAGGAGCAAAUGACUGAUCUGCAAACUUCGUCAAAAUUGCGCAUCGCAACUGCCGAAACCGAAUUCGAGCAGAAGCGAUCGUCACUCUACGCUGAGUUGAGAAAGUUGAGUGGCGAUAUGAAACUGUUGCAACUCGAAGCGGACAAAAAGCAUUCUCAGUACGACGAACACAAGCGAACGAUUGAAGCAGUUUCAUCGUUGCGAGAAAGUGUCAAUUCGCUCGAGCAGAAAAUCGGUCACUUGGAGACCGUAAAGUGGAAACUAGAACACAAAAUUUCUGUCAUUGAAGAAUACUUAAAUGAUACGAAUGACUGGCGAAACAAGCGACAUUCCACCAGCAGUAGCGAAGCGAAACGACGACGAUUAUCGUCAUCUACCUCGGUUGACGGGCAUGCCCGACGCUUGCCUACCAGCGGAUCGUCGUUCGAUUUGAAAGAAGUGUGUUCUGAGAUUGCGUCGCACAAAUCGACUAUGUGAAUGGCGAUGAAUAAUACGUAAUUUCUUUGGUUUUCACAUUUUGUCGUUACAUUACCAUAAUUCGAGUCAUUCGACGAUCAUUUAAAAUAAUCUUGUUGUCGCGUUCUCGCGAAUUUAUUUGUUGAUUUUUUUGUUAUUUGUUUAAAGGACGAAAUUUAUUUUAUUUUAUCUUCAUCGAUUUGAAAACGAGACAUUGAGUCAUAAAUGACAAGUAUGUAAGUGAAAUUGUUGUACAAUUAUCGUAACUUAAUGAUUGAAAUUAUAUAAAGAAAAAAUUUACGUUGAUUGAAAGAUGCGGAGAAAUGAAAUUUGUCUCCAAUACACAUGAUAAUUUACAAAAAUUAACAAUCGAAUAAGAACGGACAGAAAACAAUGUCGAUUUCAGCAAAC